UUCAAAGCAUACACAACUUGCAUUAGCAGGCCCAAAAUAGUCAACAGAAAAAGCUAAAGUUAAUUAUUUGGAGAGUUAAUUGGUCCCUUGAAUUAUUCAUAACAAGCUUCCCAUUCCAAUGCUUCCAUCUGGUUUGGUCCAGCCUGUCUAUUCUGUUUUUUCACUCAGUUUGUUUCUCCCUCUUCAUGUGUACAUCAAGACAUCUGGUUUAUCUACCAGAAAACCUUCAUGUAGAAUCUAAACAUAAGUCCUGCCUGCUCGAAGUGGAGUCCUCCAGAGUUUAGAAUGAUCGUGGUUCUUCAGUUCAUGGCAUUCUGUCUGGCACUUGUGUCCACCGUCUUCCUUGUUGUGGCUACUUGGACUGACUGUUGGAUGGUCAAUGCAGAUGAUGAUCUAGAGGUCAGUCAGAAGUGCAGAGGCCUGUGGUGGGAGUGUGUGACCAAUACUCAGGAUGGAAUCCGUACAUGUGACCAGUAUGAGACUAUACUUGCAGAACAUCCAUUGAAGAUAGUGCUGACUCGUGCUCUGAUGAUCACAGCUGACAUCCUUGCCAGCUUUGCACUCAUAAUCCUCGUGUUGGGCCUGGACGUCAUAAAGCUGCUCAAGGAGGAACCGCAUAUCAAGCUCAGGAUAUGCUACUUUGCAGGUUUCAUAUUUGGUUUAGGAGGUAUUCCAGGAAUGAUUGGCUCUGUGUGGUAUGCUGUGGAUGUAUAUGUAGAGAGAGCCACACUUGUAUUGAAGAAUGUUUACUUAGGAAUGCAUUAUGAGUUUGGCUGGUCCUGUUGGCUUGGAAUGGCUGGCUCCACUGGAUGCUUCCUGACCUCCAUUGUACUAACAUGUUGUCUGUACAUUUUUAGAGGUAAGUAGUUCCAAUUUCAGUUACAUCUGUAAAAAUCUAUUGAUUAUAGCAUUUUUCCAGACUUCUUUCUCUUUGAAAUGUAUUGUCAAUUUGACUCAAUAUUAACAUUUCAAAAGUACCACCCAAUACAAUAAAAGUAAUUUCCUAAAAAUGCAUUUAAAGGAUUAACAAGGUAUUGUCAUUUAAACCGACUGCUGCCAGAAGAGUGAGCAAAGAAAUAGUAAGCUUCACAGGCAUCCAUAUCACAUGCAAUUUUAAUUAUGAAUUGAAUAGAAUACAAUAGAAAAGAAUAGCGAUAUUUUAUUUAUCCCCAAUGUGGAAAUGGUUUUUUUGUCUAUCAUCUUCCCAUCUUUGAAACACACAGACAUACACUCACCUAAAGGAUUAUUAGGAACACCU